AUGUCCUUUAGUUCAGAAGACAUUAAGGUUUAUCAACAAUUCCAUCACUAUGACUUUGAUGGAAACAACGAAUAUAAGGAAGGCCUAGUAGCAGUUUUCCAGAAAUAUUUAUUUAUGCAAGCGGAAAAGGAUCCAAGCUUAAAGAAAGAGGUGGAUGCCGGAAAUCUUGAUACAAAUAAGAUAAAGCCUGAGGAUAAGGAUCAACUUAUUGCACAAACCAAGGUGUUUUUUUUCUGUAAGCAGACAGGAAAUAUUCUAGAUUUGGAUGAUUAUAGACGUUGGGUUUCAUCAAAUCCACCGGAGCUGAAUUCACCACAGUAUUCUGCCAACUAUGAACAGUUGGUUGAUAUGAUUGUGAAUAAUAAGCCGAUUCCUGGAAUAAAAAAGAUUCCGGAUACGGUACUAGACCCUCAAACCUCGUCUAAGCAUGUUUUGAAAGAAAGGAGCAAACCUUGGGAGAAAAAGGAUUAA